AUGAAAGUAGCAUCAUGGACAGCUGGCUUGCUAGCGGUAGGUCCGUUGCUAGCGCGGGCUGAGAUAGAACAGCCCAGUAUGCAAGAAACGACAAACUUCUGCAAAAUGGACAAGGACUCGCUGGUGGGCUCUAGUUGCGACGUUACUUUCACGGAAAUCAACGACAUCAACCAGAAAAUACGGCAAGAUCUGCUGUCAUUAGUGCACAGCGAUUUUUUCAAAUACUUCAAACUCAACCUGUACAAGCAGUGUCCCUUUUGGAGUGACAAUAACGGAUACUGUGUAAAUCGGGCGUGUGCUGUGGACGUUAUCGAGGAUUGGGAUCAGCUGCCAGAGUACUGGCAGCCCGAAAUCCUGGGAGGGUUUGCCAACGAAAGUGUCAGUGCCGACAAGGCACGCGAUGAUGAAUGCUCGUUCUUGGAUCAACUUUGCGAUAAAUCUUUCGGCCAACGAGGCCAAAAGGGCCCUGAUAUCGAGUACUGCGAUGUCGAAGACUUCGAUCACGACGAAUCGGUGCUGGUAGACCUCACCGCAAACCCCGAGCGUUUCACGGGGUACGGUGGAGAACAGUCGUCACAGAUCUGGUCCAGCGUUUACCGCGAGAACUGUUUUUCUGUGAACGAAACCGGCCAGUGUUUGGCCAAAGACGCAUUUUACAGAUUAGUGUCUGGUUUGCAUGCCUCGAUAGGUACCCAUCUCUCUAACGACCAUUUGAACACCGAGACUGGCCAAUGGGGGCCCAAUCUCGAGCUUUUCAUGCUUCGUGUAGGCAAUUUCCCAGACAGAGUGGCAAACAUUUAUUUCAAUUACGCCGUGGUGGCCAAAGCGCUUUGGAAAAUCCAUCCAUAUCUUUCGCAUCUCGGGUUCUGCAACGCGUAUCAUGAAGACGUUAAUUCCAUGAUCACCAGCGUUGUAUCGAGCCUUGACUCCAAGAUUUUCAACGAAGACCUUUUAUUCCACGACGACAUCAGCUCAAAGCUCAAGGACGACUUCAGGUCGAGAUUCAAGAAUGUGACCAAGAUUAUGGACUGUGUGCACUGUGAUAGAUGCAGACUUUGGGGUAAAGUACAGACUACAGGUUACGCAACGAGUUUGAAAAUCUUGUUUGAAAUCGAUUCAGAAAAUGAAGACGUGAAGCAAACCAUUGUUGACAAGCUAACGAAAUAUGAGCUGAUCGCUCUUUUCAACACUUUUGACAGACUGUCCAAGAGUAUUGAAUCUAUCAACAACUUUGAGAAAAUGUACAAUGACAGUUUGUUGACAGCUAGCGACAGAAUCUUGGCACGUUUCAAGGGAAACAACUUUUUCAAACUUCUCAGUAACGCUGGCAAAAGCUUGAGCUCUUCAUUGAAGGAUAGGGUGAAUGAAAAUCAAACAGGAAAUGUAAGCACAGAGGGAAUCGAUUCGGAAAAGUCUAACAUGGAAUCCGUCAAGAAUCAUACCGAUGAGAUCAAGGCAGCGCUGGAAAAUGUUAUUCCAGAGAGUACGGAUGUUGGUAUUACCAACUUCACCAACUCUGAUUCUGCUACACAUGAUAACGUUACAGAAGAAAGCUUCGUGCGUGUCAAAGAAACUAAUGACAAAAUAAACGAGACCAUUGCUACCGAAACGCAGGAAACGAAGAGCACAUCAAAGAUUUUUGAAGAUGUGGUCAUGCCAUCAAAGAAGCCUGUCGUCAAAAAAGAAGUCGAGGGUAACAGCUGGAGCAAAGCGUGGACGACCGAAAUGGGCAACGUGAAUGAGGCGCUGCGGUUCAUUUUCAGAAGUUAUCUGAACUUUCCACGAACCCUAGCAAGAAUGGCCCUAUACAAAAUGAACAACUUAUGGAACUCUUUUGUCGGGGUUCCUCGUUACGUGAACGAUGUUGACCCGGAAGAGCCUGCUUAUAAGUUAAACAUCCAGUAA